AUGACAAAUAAAAUUGAUUUAGUACUGACGUGUUUAUUGGAAGUUUGCAAUCCAUUUCAUUUGUUCAUUGAUCAAACGUACUCUUCAAAAAUGACAUUUCAAAUAAAACCAUUUGAAUCCAAGGAAAUUACUGUUUCAUUUAAUCCAAAGUAUAAAGAUGAUUUGUUUAGUCGAAGAGCUGAUGAAUUAUUAUUUAUUAAAUAUGCUGAACAUCCACAAAUUGAUGCAGUACGUUUAAUUGGUGAAGUACAUUUUCCAAAUGUUCAAUUCAGCUCUAAAUUAAUCGAUUUCGGUUGUAUAUUGAAUAAUACAGAAAUGACAGAACAUUUAACUAUGAAAAAUAUCAGUCCUUUACCAGUGAAAUUUCGUUGGAGUCUACUAAUUGGUGAUCGACCAAAUAUUAUAUUUAAACGUCAAGCUCGAUUAACAGAACAUCCUGUUAUUGUAAACGAUACUGAAUUAGAGCAUUAUGAUGCUACUGACAAUAAAAAUGCAGAACAAAUUACAAUGCUUGAAAAUAAUUUACAAGAUACUUGUACAAAUGAUACUGACCAAAUAGAACAUGAAACCCAAAUCCAAACUGAACAACAAAAUGACUCAGAUCAAAAUCUACCAGUUACAGAGAUCAAUAAACCAACUGAUGAAAAUACAUCAGCUGACGAGAAUCUCAAUACUAAUUCAUCUUCUCCUGACAAUCGAAUAUUACGUAAUCUAAUCGAAGAGGAUGAAGAUAUUGUCCCGUUAGGUAUUGAAGAAUUAUUCGACCUAGUGCCACUUUAUGGGGAAAUUAAUCCAGGUGAAACUAUAUCUUUAAGUUGUACAUUUUAUGGACAUUCAGAAAUUGAAGCAUCAGUAUUAGCUUUAUGUGAAAUUGAAGGUGGUCCUGAGUAUAAAAUUGAAUUAAAAGGUUCUGCAUCAGAAAUUGAUUUUCAACUAGAUCAAACUGAUCUGGAUGUUGGUUAUAUUCGAUUAGAUAAACCAAUGUUUUGUGAAUUUAAUAUUUUAAAUACAGGAAAAGUUCAAUUUGAAUUCAACAUUCAAUUAACAUCAAAAUGUACACAGUUUGGUCAAUUUAAAAUUGAACCAUUCUAUGGUCAAAUCAAUGGAAAUCAAUCACAACCAAUUCGAAUUACUUUUCUGCCAUGUAGACCAGGUUAUUUUGAACAAGAAUUCACUGUUCAAAUAGCUUAUUUCUUACCAAAACUAAUUAAAAUACACGGAAUAAUUGACUUUGCUCAUUUAAAUUUGAAUUUACCGCGUGGCGGCAUGAUUUCGUCGGACGACGUUCAACAAUCAUUGAACAAUGAUCAAUUGUCAAUAAUAGAUGAAGAAACCGCACAUUUUAAUGAUCCUUCUGUUUUCUACCAGUUGACGAUGUCCAAAUUACUCAGUGAUUUACAUCAUGAAGUGAUCAAUUUGAUAGAUUUAUGGGAAAAACAACAAACUAUGCCCAUUGUCUGUUUAUGUCAAACAGUAUUUUCCGAUACAACACAUACAUUAUUGAUUGAAUCUGUGAAAAAUAUCAAUUUAGAUCGAAUAUUUAUGCAUGAUGCCAAUUGUCCGAUUACUAAAGCAAUAAAACAAUAUCUGACAAGUCAUUAUUAUACUGGAAUAAACAAUUUUCCAGAAAAACUAUUCCAUCUAAUUCCUGAUUUGAAUUUACAGUUGGAUGCAGAACGUGCAUAUAUUUGUAAUCUUUUAGAUACUAUUGAAUCCAAUGAAUUGAAUAUUAGAAGUAGUAUCAAUGAUGAGAACAAUGUUCAAUGUAAUAGCGAUAACGAUUGUUUAAAAAUGAUUACAGAAAUUGAAGAACAAGUUAAACCUUGUUUUGUAAAAAAUUUAUACUUGCCAUCGUAUUUACUUGAUUUUGGCGUAGUUAUCCUUGGUACAAUUGUCAAACAAACUAUCACUGUGGUCAAUACAAAUUAUGAACCGAUUAGUUUUCGUUUUGAUACAACAUCUUUAUCAAAAGCGAAACAAUUCGGUUUUAAUAUGAAUAUAACAAAAAUUCAUCAUUUACCUGGUUCGCCGGAUUAUGAACCAUUAGAUAUUGAAAUUUCAUUGGAUACAAAACAGAUGAACCAGUGCAUAACCAAUGAAAGUUUAAUUCAAACAGAAUUAUUGAUUAAAGUACUCAAUGGUCCUUCUGUAACAAUUUGGCUUCGAGCUAAAAUUAUUAAACCAACUUUAACAUCACAUAUCAAUUCAGUGGAUUUUGGUGCAGUUCAACGUGGUGAAGCACGUCUUAUUACAAUACAACUACACAAUCCAUCGCCUGUAUCAAUCAAUUGGUAUCGCACAACACCUGAACUACAACAACUCGGCAAAACCACUACCGACACAGUUCAUCAUCCAAUCCGUGUUCAUUAUAAUAAUAAAUCAGCGCGAAAUGUAUUGAAAGAGAAACAAUUAAGAAUUUUUGAAUUAAUACCAAUGCGAGGAGUAUUGGGACCGAAUGAAAAAACCAAUAUACAGAUAAGAUUUACACCAAUUGAAGAGAAAAAAUAUGAAACCAAAAUUCAAUUGAACAUUGAAAAUAGUAGUGAUACAAUGUUGAAAAUCCAUUGUCAAGGUAAAGGUUUAGAGCCACAAUUAACAUUUGAUCGUGUUAUGUUACAAUUUACACCAAUUUUACCAUAUCCCAUAAAUGGAAGUGAAGAAUUGGUGACAAUAACCAAUCCAUGUGAUUAUCCGAUAGAAUUUUAUUCCGUCGAAUUGGAUAAACAAGCUGUUUUAGAAGAUGAAAUAUUAAGAUUCAUUGAUGGUUACGAUGAAUACGGCAGGUUAAUAUUGCCUCCACGUAAACCAGGCGAUGCAUUACCUUCGGAGAUUCUAUCUUAUUAUGAAGAAUAUGCUAAUAAAAUGGUCAAUACUAAAUUAUCCGAUGAAUUGGAUGAAACUAUUCGUCAAGAAAAUAGUGAUGAAAAAAAUAUUAAAGAAUUAAAAUUCAUUGGAGUUUCUUCUUCUUCAUCAUCAACAACAUCAACAACAACGCUAACAACAGCAACAUCAUCUUCAUCAUUGAAAGAGUUGAAAAAAUCCAGUACAAGCACAACGAAUACAACUACUACACCGACAAAUAAUACCAAUUCAACAACUACAACUACAACAACUACAAAUGAAUUAUUAGAACCUCCGCAUAAAUUCGAUAAACCAACCACAUUGUUGUCUGAAUUAUUUCUUCAUGAAAAUCUAUCAACGGAUUUAUCAAAUUUCAAUCAACGAAAACCAACAUUCGAUGUAACACCUGUGUCACUAGCUUUAACACGUUAUUUAGGUGUGGAUUCAAUGCAAGAUCCUAGUAAAUAUGGGAAAUUUGGUAUAGUGAUUCUAGUCAAUGGAGCAUUGGAAUCCAUAAGACAUGAGAUUGUCAACAAUUUAGCCAAUGAAUAUCAAGCCAUGAUAUUCAAUUUAAAUCAAAUUAUUAUUGAAGCUUUAUUGACUAGUACCACAGAGGCAGCUUAUCAAGCAAGACAAUUGUGUUUGAAUGUCGGUUUGGAAUUGAUUCAAACAAAAUUACUUGAAAAGCAACAUCAGCAACAGCAGCAACAACAACUAGACCAUGAUCAGUCACAACAACAAUUACAAAUGAUGACCGAUUUAGAAAUUAAAUUAGAUUCACCAACAGAAUUAUUGGAUAAUGGGCCAAAAGAGGAAACGAUUCAGGAAGGUAAUCAUUCAUCUAUCACAUCUAUUGAUGGCGAACAGUCAAAGCUAAAAGCAGGCCACCAAGAAAGACAGCACAAAUUAUCGAUUAAUCGACAAGGUCAAGCUCCAUUUAAAAUUGCCGGACAACGUGAUCUAUUGAAUAUAACUAAGAAAUUGAAUGAUAUGAGCCUAAUUAGUCCUGAAUUGAAUUCAACAUUGAAACCCCGACGUAUUACAUAUUCUUCAAUGUUCAAUAAUAAUAAAAAUGAUUCUAUUAAAUCAUUCAUUGACAAAUCCCCACUGAAAUUAUUGAACAAUGAACAAUUGUAUACAACCAUUCUACCGGAUGAAAUAAUUUUACAAUUAAUACAAGAAUAUUUAAAUCAAUUACAUGAUUGUUCUCAUCGUCAUCAAUAUCAACAUCGUUAUACAACAACAACGCAUAAAGGUAUCAUUAUCAAUGGACUGGAAUCAGAAUUCACCAAAAAUGCCACAUCUACCUUAGAAUUAUUAUUAAAAUGUUUUAAAAAUAAUUAUCAAUAUUUUUAUACGCUAAGUCUGAAAUCUAAUUAUGACCAAUAUAAACAAUGUAUUUAUGAACAACAAUUAGAUUUGAAUGAAGCGCAAAUAUUAUUAAAUCAACAAUAUUGUGAAAAAUUGGACAAUUUAACAGAUUAUGAAUAUGAAGAAUUAGUGGAAAGUGAACGUCACACAAUUGAUCAAUUACAAUUGAAAAUACGUCGUGAAAAACGUCAAAUUGAAUUAGAACAAAAACGUAUACAAGAAGAACAGUUGCGUGAAGAACAAGAAGCAGAAGCGAAACGUUUAGAAAUGGAACGUAAUUUGAAGAGAAAAGGUAAACGGAUCGAUGAAAAAUUACCUAAACCAACUGCAUCAAAUCCUCGUGUAUUGUCUGGUCGAAUGAGUUCAAAACCUGUAAAAGAAGGUGGUGUUAGUAAUUUGGGUAAAAUCGAUGUAUCAGACAAAUCUCCGUUACCGGUUGUGGAAGAGGGUCGUCGUACAUCAAGAUCUCAUGAAAAACAUCGUCGAUCUGCAACCAGUUUCAAAGAUGAAGCUUUAGUUGAAGAAGAAUUAGGAGUUUGUAUAACGGAAGAAGAACAUCUAACAUCUCAGAUGUUUAAGUCAUUCGAUAAUGAAUUUCGAUCAAUAUGUGAACUACUCAGUACAUGGAAUCGUGUUACAUUACAACCACAAACAUCAUUGCUGGAAUCACAUGAAGAUAGUCCAACUUCCACUGUUGUCAAUUUACCAGUUGGUAAACGUAUUCGACAAAGUGGUUCAAAUUUCCCACCGAACACAAUCGGUACACAUUUAAACAAAACUAAACAUUCCAUUGGUAAAAUUAAUCCAACUAAUAAUGUUCAAACUGUCAAUGAUAGUACAAAUAUUUUAUUACCGCCAAUCUAUUGUGAUUUAAAUUUUUUGCGUGAAAAUCAACUUAAUAAUCAAUCAAGUGACGUGAAAAAUGAAAAAGAUUCCAUUGAUAAUAAUAAUUCACAAACUAUUGGAAUACCACAUUUGAUUGUUGAAUUUCCAUUUAGAAAAGAUACAAACAUUAUUGAAGCGGUUAAAGAAGAAAUCAGCUUGCUGUUAACCGACUCCGAUGUGAUUCAUGUUGAAAAUGUAAUCGGUACUAGAAUUAAAAAUAAUUUAUUAACCAUAGAAGACAAUGCAACACAACAACAAGAACACCAGAAGUGCCGAUCAAUCCCUGAACUAUGUCAAUUAUUACAAUCCGCCAAUUAUUUACCACAACUUAAUGAAAUCAACAAUUAUUUAGGCAUUGGACCGAAUGGACCACCAAUACCCGCUCCAACUAAUUUCUCAAUUAUUUAUUAUCCAACCAAUAAUCAACAUGUGAAAACACCAAUUGGGAAUUAUGCGAGCUAUUCAAUACGAAAAUCAUUGAAAACAUUGGCAGCGGCGAAAAUCAAUGAAGAAAAAUCAUCAAUGACGACCACAAAUUUGAAAUAUUUUGAAUUUUUAACCUCUGGUCAAGGUGAUCCAGCGAUGCUUAUGCUGAAUACAUUGAGGUCAGGUAGUGUUAUUGAUUUGAUGAAAGAAGGUGCAGAAGAACAGGAAGGAGGAGGAGGAGCGGACACAUUGGAAACGUUGAAUAAACACAAGGUUAUCGAUUCAUCACGUAAAACAGGAAGUCGUUCUAUGAAAAAAGAACGCAAAUCACCAAGACAAAAACAUCAAAAUUUAGAACCAGGCGAAUUAACAAGUCGUAAAUCUAAAGUUUCCAUUGGCGGUACAACUCUUGGUCAUGGUGGUGGCGGUGUUGGUCUUCGACGUACUUCUAUCACAAGUAGUAGUAUACUUUCAGAACAAACAUCUUUAAAUGAUGAAAUGUCAAGCAUUGAAUCGAAUCAAUUAUUGAUUGGACUACCUCUUAAUCAUUUCCGUUGGAUUGUACCAGCUAAAGGACAAAUUCGUUUAAGAAUUCGUUUCCGUUCUGAUCAAAUUGGCCAGUUUGAUCAAAUUUUUAAUUUUGAAUUAGUGAACAGUAGAAGAAUUUAUCAAUUAUAUUGUCGUGGUAUAUGUGCUCUACCAACAAUUAGCCGUGAACCAAGAUUAAUCUUUGCAAAACGUAAACGUACCCGUAAUCAAGGUGAAAUUGUUCAUGGUGUCUAUUUGAUGUCGACAUCAUGUUUUGAAUUUGGACCAUUGUUAAUUGAAAAGUCAAAAGAUCGCAUUCAAGAAAAUUGUUAUCCUGAAAAUAUCACCUAUUUCAAUUUAGUGAAUACAUCACAAAUGGAUUCUGAUAUUAAAUUAGGCUUUUUAAAUGAUGCAGACGAAGAAUGCUACUGUGUAGAACCGAAAGAAUUAAAUCUGAAACCAAAUCAAUCAGCCAGUGUACGUAUAUGUGCUUGGCCAAAAUUCAAUAAACGUUAUGAUGAUGCGUUAGUUUGUUCAGUGAAAGAUAAUCCAGAACCGAUUUUAUUUAAAUUAGCAUGUGAUGGUGUUUUACCAGAAUUGGAAUUAGAUAAAAAAGUAUUUAAUUUUGAAAAAGUAUUAUUACAAAGAAAAGAAGUACGUUCGAUUACAUUCAAAAAUCGUACUCUAUUACCAGCACAAUGGAAAUUGUCUGGAAUUGAAGCGCUGGGCGAAGAAUUCUCUAUAUCUCAAGAUGCUGGUAUUGUUGAACCACAGUCAGAAUUUACUGUUUAUGCUUAUUUUCGUGCAAUGAAAUCGAUGAAACCAAAUCAAAAGCGAAGUUUACGUUUGGAAGUUUAUGAUUUAGAAAAUAUUGCUGGUUUAAUACAAGUGGAAACGAUACAAGUAUUAGCUGAAGCCUAUGAUGUUGCUUUAGAUAUUACAUUUCCUAAAGGGAGUGAUGGUGGCAUUGAUUUUGGUCUGAUUAAAGUUGGUGAAGAAAUUAAGCAUACCAUUACAUUGAAGAAUAAAGGUCCUUAUGAAAUCGUGACAAAUUUUCUAUUUAUAAAGAAUGAAAAAUUAAAAACCGAUUUCAGUAGUAUCUUCACAAUGUCACCACAACGUGUCAAUUUAUUGCCAACAGAUAAACUAACUCAAGUUAAUCUCACUUGUUGUGCACCGACAGAGUUAAUUUUAAAAGAAGCAGAAAUACUCAAAUGUCAAAUUAUUGAACCGAAUAUCAAAGGUACACCACAAUUGAUUGCAUCCAUACCGAUUAAAUUAUCAGUGAGAGCGGAAUUUAGCAAAUUUACAAUAUCUCCAAUAAAAGAUAUUAAUUUUGGCUCACUCAUAUUACAUCAUCAUAAAUCAAGACAAUUGAUCAUUGAGAAUAAUGGCGAUUAUGAAUUUCGUUAUUCAAUUGUACCGAUUAGUAAAAUGUUAGAGCUUAUUGCAACACGUGAAGCUUUAUUGAAUAAAGAAACAACCGGUACGGUGAAACAUAAAAUGUCAGAUCCAACGAUGUUAAGCACGUCACAAUCUCGUCUACAACAGGGUUUCUUUACGCUGAGUCCAGCUAGUGGACUUAUUCCUCCUGGUAAUGCACAAAUUAUCACAGUCGAUUGUUUGGCUAAUACAUUGGGUCAAUGUGUAGAAGAAUUAGCAAUUGAAAUAUCUGAUCGCGAUAUGAAACUAUAUCCACAUGGAAUAUCAUAUUAUCUUAAAGCUGAAGGUGAUCUACCAUUGAUCGAGACCAAUGAUGUUUCAGUGAUAUUUGAAGAACAUCAUGUUUGUAAAAAUUUGAACGUUCUCGAUUUACCUGAUCUAUCAGAUAUGAUUUCAUCUGGUAGUAUUUAUGGCAUUGAAGAGAAUCGUUUUGUUUAUAGAAAUGUUCUAGUUGGUUCACGUGUUGUAGCACGUUUUCGUAUAGCUAAUCGAAGUAAUGUUCCGGUGGAUGUGUCAUAUGAAAUUUGUGCCAUUGGAAAAACACCUAGUUCCUCUAAUCCAUCAUCAAGUGGUCGUUCAAGUAGUCGAAAUAGUCAACAAUCUACAACAUACGAUGCAUUUGAAGUGAUACCAGAGAAAGCACAAAUUGAACCACACGCAUCGAGUUAUGCAAAUGUUACAUUUGCACCGACAUCUAUGCAAAUUUACACAGCAAUGUUUAAUGUAUACAUUGACAAUAAAUUAUCUUCAAGUACCACAGUUGUUACUUCAGGUCGUGGGAGUGCUGGUUCCGGUAGUAAUAAACGUCCUUCAAAUCCACCAGUUCUUGCUUUUGAAUUGUAUGGUGAAGGUAAUUUACCACAAAUCAGCGUUCUACAACCAAAAUUACGUAAUCGUACUGGUCAAACAAUGUGUAUAUUUAAACGUAUACAAGUUGGCAAAAUAUCACAUCAAUUAUUAUCUCUUCAAAAUAAUGGAUUAUUGAAUAGUAGAUUAAAUGUUGAUCUAAUUGAUCCAGAUGGAGUAUUUUCAAUAAAGCCACAAUCGAAUAAUGACUCGUUACUAUUUUACAAUCCCAAAAACAAUCAAUCCACUGAUUUCACUGAUGAAUCGGAAUCAGUUGAACAUGAUGAAUUAUCUAUAGAGAAACAAUCCUAUCUGAUUGGUUUACUUUUAAAACCUAAGCAUCAAUUUAAUUUCAUCGUAUCCUAUAUACCAACUAAACGUAACGUUAAAAAUUAUGGACAAAUUCAAUUGUCAAUAAUUCAUAAUGAAUAUGAAGAUACACUGAUUGAAUUAAUUGGUGAAACAUUAAAUGAUGAAGUUUGUAUUGAAAAUGUACCGCAGCUGGAUUGGGAAAAAUAUUCCAGUAUACAAAAUGCAUUGAAACGAUCAGUUUCAGCCACAAAAUCAACGCUGGAUGAUGUAGAUUAUGACCCUAAUCAAGAUGAAAUUCAAACUACAUCAGCAUUACAACAUAACCAUCUUGAUUUCGGUGAUUGUGGUCCAAGUGAAACGAUAACGCGUACAAUAACAAUCACUCAUUGUGGUAAAGUUAAGGAGACAGAACCGACAAGUUUCCGGUUCAGUUGGCCAACUAAUAAUCCAAUUCUACAAUUUCGACCUGCCGAAGGUCAUUUACAUGUAAACCAGUCACGACGAAUUGAAGUGACAUUCAAACCAUCCGGUUCACCGACAACACUUAAAUCUCAAUCUAUCAAAUGUAACUUACAUCGUAUUGUUGUACCUGUUCCAGAAGGUUGUACGAAACCUGUUGAUUGGGACGAUACAAAACAAGUGAUUCGUUGGGUUGAUGUACCGGGAGAAAAAAUGAGCGGACCAGAUUCAUCAAAUCGUUCAGUGCCAACCACAACAACCACCACAGGAACAACAAACUCAUUAAACAAGCCAACAAAUUCAGAUCAAAUGCAAGAACAAAAAUCUCAAUUGAAUCCAAAUUAUGGUUCAACUAGUGAAGUUAGUUGUCGUAAACAAAAAUUCAUUGAAAUUGAACCAGAACCUAGCUAUGAAGAUGUGUUAGAUCAACCAGAUCCGAAACCAUUGGAAUUGUUAGUGUCUGCUGUAGCUGAUUUCGUGCAAUUUCGUUGUGAUCCAACUAGAAUUGAUUUUAAAGAGACAAAUAUUUUUGAGAAAAGAAUAUACAGAUUUGAAUUGUUCAAUCAAGGCUUAGUGACGUUACAUGUUCAAUGGUCAAUUCAAAUGAUUAGUAGUGGUUCAUCAAUGCCUGAAAAUGAUACGAAUAAUAAAAUGAAUAAUUUAAUGAGUACAAAAGAUGAUCAUUAUCAGAACACUAGCGAUGAAAACCAGAAUGAACACUGCUGGACUGAUCAAUCGCUGGUUCCAUUUCAAGUUUAUCCGAUUGAAGACAGUAUAUUACCUGGGAAAUCACAAUUUUUCGAGGUCAUAUUUAGUCCACUUUCACUUGGUGAAUUCGAGGCACAACUCAUUAGUAAAAUUGACAAUUUAACUCAACAAACAACCAGCACCAAUCGUAAUCGACCAAUUGCAACAGCACCAAUUAUCACAUUGACAGGAAAAUCACAAAGCUCAAUAUUACACUUUGAUUUAUACGAAUCAGAUUAUAUAUCGAGUGGUAGAAGAAAUUCACAAUUACCUGGACCAAUUGGAACACCAUUCGGUGGCAGUUUAGAUCCACUGACUAGAGUUAUUGAAUUCAAUACAAUUGGUCUAGGCUUGAAAUCUAUUCGAUACUUUUCAAUUAUUAAUACAACAAGAGAAGAUUUUGAAUUCAUAAUUACAAAUGAAGAUUCCAUUAAUAUCAAACAACCUCAAUCAAUUAAAUGUCUUGUAGAGAAAGGAAUCAUUUUAGCUGGAAAAAAAGUUAAUAUUGGAUUUGAAUACAUUUCUUAUCAACUUGGUUUAAUUGAAUCAUUUUGGCGUUUUAAUAUAAACAAAUUCGAUAAUUACAGUAUUCCAUUACUUGUUGUUGGGAAUACAAGAGAACCAAACAUACUGUUUGAUCAAUCCCAUGUACAUUUUAACGCUGUACUUAUUGGUCAUCAAGUUAGCAAGACGGUAUACUUAAUGAAUCAAGAAACUGUACCGCCGCCUUUAUUAACAUCAUCAACUGAUUUAUCGAUGUUGAUGAUGAUGCACGAUGGUGCAGAAGAACAAUCUUCAAACAUAUUGGAAUUUGAAUUUCUACCGUCAAGUCUUCAUAGUGCUGGGAAACAAGAUUCUAUUGUUAUUGAACCAAUGUUUGGUCGGAUAUCACCUGGUGAAAAAUUACCUAUACAAAUAACUUUUCAAGCAAAUGGUGAACGUGAAACCAAUAUCAAUGUACAAUGUCAUGUGAAACAUUGUAAUCUACCUUUAACAUUGAAUGUUAAAGCUCAAGGUUAUACCAUUCAUUCAUCAAUAUGGAUAGAUAAUGUUUUACACAAUAAUAUUACUAAAAAUAAUUCAAUCGACAAUUCUUCACGAACCACCAUCGAACAAGUUGAAAUUCAACCAUUAUGGUCUCCAUGUAUUGGUGUAAAUUUCAUUGACUUAAUGAAUAAAUCUAUACAUCGAAUUCAACGUGAUACCAAUUUAACAAAUCAAUUGACAGAAUUAAAAUUUGGCGAAUUAUCCCCUGGUGAAUGUAUCACACGAAAAUUUAUAAUCUAUAAUAAUGGACAAUUUAAAUUUGAUUUUCUAUGUCAAUUUAUGCCAAUAUUGUCGUCGAAUCAUAAAAAUGAAACCAAAAUUCAUAAAAACCGCCAAUUGAUUGAUCAAUUGAUCAAUGGUUUCAAUGUGGACAAUAGUGUGCAACCGGCAUCAUUAGAAAUCAAUCCAAAUUCUGGUAGUUUGGCACCGAAUGAAAAAUCCAUUUGUACAAUUAAAUUUCAACCACCGAAACAAUUAAGUAUUUUAGGUGUAAAUCGUUUGAAAUUAUAUAAUCUUCUAGGGAUUUGUUUAAUUAUACGAGAUGGUCCAGUGUAUGGUUUGAAAUUAUCCGGUUCAACAAAAAAACAAACUGUUCAAUUUUCAGAAACUUGUUUGAAUUUCGGAUCACAGUUAAUUAUGCAACCUGGUCUGAAACCUUGUACACGUUAUUUAUAUAUUAGUAAUGCUGAUUUGAAUCAUGAAAUGAGCAUUGAAUGUAUUUCAGAAUGUUCCAGAAUAUUUUCUUAUCAUUUAAAGCCAACAAUUUUACCGAAAAAACAACAACAUGAUAUUAUCAACCAGUCUACAAAUUCCAAUCUUCUCUGUAUGCCAAUUCAUUUUUAUCCACAAGAUGAUCAACAGGCCUACAGUGAAACAUUGACAUUUGAAAUUAAUGGUUGCAGUCAAUAUUCAAUUAAUUUAUUAGGCAAAGGAUGUCAGUUGAUCAUUGAACCAAUUGUAUAUCCAUUAUACAUUAUGAGUAAUAAUCAUCGUAAAACUAAGAAAGGCAUUCCGAAAUUCACUCAAUUAAACGAAGAAGAUGAGCUGAUCGACAAUAAAAAAUGUAUUAAUUUAGGUCAUUUAAAAACUGGUCAAAUAUCGCGCCGAUUUAUCAAGUUGAUCAAUAAAAGUUCCGCUCCGAUAUGUAUACAUCGCAUACAUUUGAAUCAACCACAGUGUAGUGAUAAUAAUAACAACCAAACUACUUUAAUUCAUGCCCAAUUUUGUAGUAAAUCGAUUUCUGUCGAUAAACAACCACUACAGCAGUUCAAUUAUUUUGGACCAAUCACAGAACUUAUGACACCGAUCAUUGUUUCAUCAAAUGGCGGUGAAGUGAUGAUGAUGUUAGGCUUGAAAUCGGAUUAUCGAUUAGCAAAAUUUACUGAAGAAGUUCUAUGUGAAAUUUCACGUGUUGAUCAAAGUGAUAAUAACAUUGAUAAUGGUAGUCACAAAAACGAAAAAACAGUAUUGCCCAAUCAGCAGCAAGAGAAUACCAAUAUGUUUUUGCCAUUAUUCUCUGUACAUGGUGCAGUGAAUACAUAUGAUAUAAAUUUUAAUACAGAAUCAAUUAAUUUUGGUUCGAUUGUACGUGGUAGUCAAUUGAGUAAACGUUUAGUGUUGAUGAAUACAGGUGAUUAUGGUGCAAAAUUCGAAUGGGAUGCAUCAACGUUCACAUCGGAAUUAACUAUUGAACCAAUGAAUGGAUCUAUCGGUGCAGGAUUAGAAGUACCAUUUGUUUUAACUUUAAAACCAGAUAAAUUAACACGUGAUCUACGUAUGAAUAAUGUAACAUGUCACAUUCAAGGUAUCGGAUCGAAAUUCAUUACUAUCAGUGCAGCAUGUGUACCACCGACUGUAAUCAAAGAAAUUCAACAAUUUUCAACGAUAGUUCGACAGAAAGAUGUGAAAAAUUUACAAAUUAUUAAUCGUACAAAUGCUAAUUGGCAAAUUAAACCAAUUAUUGACGGUGAACAAUGGUAUGGACCAAAGAUAAUCGAUAUUGCACCACAACAAACAGGAGUGUAUGAAUUAACUUAUAAACCAUUAACCAUGACCUUGGAUGGAAUGAAACAUAAAGGUACAAUCUUCUUUCCAUUACCUGAUGGUACAGGUUUAUUAUAUAAUUUAUGUGGAUUAUCCGAGACACCAAAGUCUUUGGUACGUAUAAAUCGUGAAAUUGAAUGUAAAAAGCUGCAUACAGAAAUUGUACAAAUACCGAAUUGGUUAACUAAUAUACAACAACGAUUUCAUGUGACUAGAGAAAUUCUUCGUCCAGAUAAAUUUGAUCCGAAUAUAACAAUUAUACAAGGUUUAGAUUAUAUCGACAUUCCAGCAGAUUCUAGUAAAGAAUAUAAAUUAAGUAUAUUCACUUAUCGUGAAGGUUCAACAUUGAUUAAAGUAACAUUUACCAAUGAAACAACUAAAGAAUAUCAAUAUUUCGAAGUGAAUUUUAAAUCUGUACGAAAUAAAAGUUUCGAAGUGAUUCGAAUGCAAACAUCUGUGCGUAAAUCAGUGACACAUACACUCACAUUAGAAAAUCCUUUAUCAAUACCAGUUAAUUUUCAAAUGAAUACAACUAUGCCGGAAGUUCAAUGUCCAAAUCAAUUACAAAUACCAGCAAAUUGUGAAGGUAAAGUAACACUUGAAUAUUUACCAUUGAAAAUUGGUCAGAGUCAUGGAAAAUUUGAAGCGAAUUGUAAUGAAUUAGGUUCAUUUAUUUAUGAAUUAAAUUUACAAGCAACAUCGGCUGGUUUAGAAUCGACAGUACAUUUUCGUACUACAAUAGGACAACGACAAUGUCAAAUUGUGAAAUUUACAAAUUUAUCAAAAACUAAAAAUGAAUUUAUUACAAAUAUAGACCAUUCUGAUUAUCAUUGUGAAAAACAAUUAAGUGUAGCACCGGGGGUUGAAGCAGCAUUGGAAGUGAUUUAUGAACCAACUACAUUGGGCAAUUCACUAGCUACCCUAACAAUAACAAGUGCACAAGCUGGUGAAUAUAGUUUUCUUUUAAAAGGUAUAGCUCUAGCACCACAACCACAAGGUCCAAUCAUUAUUAAAGCUGGUGAAACAAAACAUAUCAUAUUCCGCAAUGUAUUCUCUACACCUAUACUAUAUUCAUUCCAAGUUGAUAAUACUAUAUUUAAUCUACCAAAACAAAGUGAAAUUAUUAGACCUGGUAAAGAAUUUAGAAUCCCUGUUGGUCUUGACAAUAAUAUCACUAAAUCUCCAAUAACUGGAAAACUAGUAGUGACGGCAGUUCGCGCUCAAUCAAGUGCACGUACAAUUCGUAAAGGACCACAGAAUGUAAUUACUGAUACUACUACUUCUUCAUCAUCAUCAUCAACAUCAUCAUCGCCUCAACAGCAACAAUCAGGUUCUAGUGAUUCAUCCUUCGUAGAAAAAGGUGAAGGAUUUCAAUGGGUUUAUUAUUUACGUGGUGUUAUAUGAUAAACAUGAACAUGUGUAUAGUUUUCAAAUGAAAAGUUUUCUAUAAAAACAAAUUAUGCACUUUC